UUAGGUUUCCUUCAGAUGAAAGAAGGCCUAAAUGCUUGCUUACACAUUAGGCAGGACUUCUCCUGAAACAUGAUUGAAAUAGUCUUUUACUUUCCUGUCCCUUUGCUCAGAUUGCCUCGCUUCUCUUAUUUUCUCAUCUAAAUUGUAAGACCUUGGCAACGGUUCACUGCAGAUAACUUGCUUGUAUAAAGAGAAAAUAGUAUCCUUAUUUCUGAUCUUGAAAUCAGAAGGAUAGAACAAAAGAAUAAAGAAAAGAAAGAGGAAAUGAAAAGUCAUAUUGUUUUGUUGCUAGGGUCCUAGUCACCUCAAGCCCCUGACUUCAUCCCCUGAUUUCUUCCUCCUCUCAUUCCCCUGAUUCUUCCCCAGAACCAGGAACUAUCCACCUUUGUGACAUCACCUCUAUUGCUAAGCAAUAGACUCAGGGGUCCACUAGCCCCAUAAGCCCUGGGGGAAGCUUUGGACAAAGGUGCUCGAAGAAGGAAGCUUCAGAGGAAAGAAGUCGCCAACAUGUUGCGUGUUGUAGUGGAGUCGGCCAAGAUUAACCCGCCCCUAACCCCCCCACCCAGACCCUGUGUGUCUGUCUACUUCAGAGAUGUCAAGAAGAAAACUUCGGAGGGGGAAGGAAAUAACCCCACCUGGAACGAAACCCUAAUUUGGCACCUCUGGAACAAACCUAUACAGAAUGACUCUUUCCUGCAAGUCAUUCUUCAGGACUUGUGCUCAGAAAAGAAAGAGAGGUUCAUUGGCUUGGUCACAAUCCUGCUCAAGCCCUUGGUGAUAAAACCAAGAGAAGUUCUUUUUGUGAAGGACCUGACCCUCCUCAACCAUUCCAUGAAGCCCACAGAUUGCACUAUCACCCUACAUGUGGCCCAUAUGACCAACCGGGACAUUGAGAAGACAGGGAAUGAAGACCUCCUGGACGUAACUGCACUAGAAGCAGCCAGGCAGAAGCUGAUGGUUCCCAGCUACGCUGUGCACAAGGAGCUGUUCGCAAAGCCGCAGCACUUUCAGGUCCAAGUGAAGGUGUUUGAAGCCCGCCAGCUCAUGGGCAACAACCUCAAGCCGUUGGUGAAGGUGGUCAUUGGAGGCCAUCAAUACCACACACGUACCAGGAUGGGAAACAACCCUUUCUUCAACGAGAUCUUCUUCCAGAAUUUCCAUGAGAUUCCUGCAAAGUUCUUCGAUUACACCAUCUUAAUCCAGGUGCUGAAUUCCUCAGUGAUAAGAGCCAAUUCGGAGAUCGGGAGAUUCCAAACAGAUAUUGGUUUUAUCUACCACUCUCAAGGUCACGCACUCCAGAGGAGGUGGUUAGGCCUCUGCCAGCCAAAUGAACCCAACAGUGGUGUGCGAGGCUACCUGAAGGUCACCAUCUGUGCGCUCGGUGUGGGAGACCAGGCCCUGGUAGAUCAAAAGCUGCCCUAUGAUGCCGAUGACGCCAAAAUUCAGAUCUUCAAGUCAGCAAUGGUCCCAAUGAACUUGGCCUACUUACAAUUCUUCAUCUACUGCGCAGAGGACCUUCACCUCAAGAAACACCAUUUAGUGAGUCCAAUGUUGGAAGUGGAACUAAUUGGGGAAAAGCUGAAGACACAGGUGAAGACCCAAACCGAGAACCCGAUCUGGAACGAGAUCCUGACCUUACAGAUUCAGCUGCCCUGCCUCUCCAGCUACAUCAAGUUCAAAGUCUGGGACUGCCCCAAGGGCAAAUUCUGGAGUGAAAUCGGGACGGUCAGCCUGGUACUCAACCAGAUUUCGUCCACCGGAGCAGAAAUAGAAGGAAUGUACUCUGGUUUCCUACCCUGCUUUGGCCCCAGCUUUCUGACUCUCCAUGGGGGUAAAAAGGCCCCUUUCCAGAUCCAAGAAGAAGGCACUAGUAUCCCCAGCUCUGUUAAGGACGGUUUGGAGUAUCGAGGCCGGGUCUUCCUGGAGUUAGUCACCAACAUCAAGUCCCACCCAGACAAUAGGAUAAAGGACCUCUCCCAGGAAGUGACCAGUGUAGAGAAGCACAAGAACCGCCUCAAGUAUGGGCUGUGCAUCACCUUCCUUUCCUGUACCAUGAUGCCCAACUUUAAGGACCUGAUCCAAUUCGAGGUCAGCAUCGGCCACUAUGGAAACAAGAUGGACCAGAAUUACAAGCCUCUCGUCUCAACUACACAGUAUAGCCCGGUGAUCUAUGAUGGGAACAUCUACAAUUACGUGCCCUGGUACAACACCAAGCCGGUGGUGGCCCUGACCUCCUACUGGGAGGACGUCAGCUUCCGCACGGACUGCCUCAACCUUCUGCACUUCACUCGGACCCGCCUGAAAGCCAAUCUGGACACCCUGAAAUCUAUGCGGAACCCGAGGGACCCCGCCCUGCUCCCCCAGUGGAGGAAGCUGCUGAGGGACCUGGUAGAGGACUGCAAGCGCCCUCUGCCCUGCAUGACCCAUCAGCCAAAAGCCAAACUGGACGGGAAGAGGUGGCAGCUCCGUAACCUCCUCCUCAAGGAACUGGCCCAAAAGGCCAAGGAAGUCCAGCCUAGGGACAUGGUGGCCACCGCGGAGGGCUGGCUAUUCCGCCUCAACGCCGUGCUCCCCGAGCCCCAGGUGAGCAUCCCGGACGUGAUGAUCUGGCUGAUGGCCAAGGAGCAGCGCGUGGCCUACGCACAGGUGCCCGCCCACAGCGUCCUGUUCUCCCCGACCGGGGCGCUGCACUGCGGCAAGUUCUGCGGGAAGACACAGACGCUGCUCCUGCAGCACCCAGAGGGCGAAGGGCAGAAGGACUCGCUCCCGGCCCAUCUCCGGGUCUGCAUGUGGCUGGGCAACGUCACAGACAGCUGGGACCUGCAGCUGCUCCGAGAGGGCCAGGUGGUCGUGUACGCGGAGACGUAUGAGAACCAGGCCAAGUACAAAGACCAGUGGGGGCAGCAGGGGCUGUACCAGUGCCCCAACUUCUCUGACGUCCUGGGGCACAAGGCUCUCCCCAAGGAGGAUUUCAAGGAGCCCUCGGGAUGGCACUGGGAGGGGAAGUGGACGGUGGAGCCUCAGAGGAGACUCCUCCUGGACACAGACAUCAACAAGAGCCAGGUGCUGGAGGAGGUGUACGAGAACCAGCAGCGGGACCUCGCGGGGGCCUGGGUGCCGGCAGCCACCCCCAACACCGACGUGAACGGGCAGCCCGUGGAGGCGCGGGAGAAUGUGAAGUGCCCCCAAGGCUGGCACGUGAAGAAGAACUGGACUGUGGAGCUGAACCACGCGGUGGACAAUGAGGGCUGGGAGUACGGCGUGGGGAUCCAGCCCUCCGGCCUGCCUCUGGUCUGGAACUCAGUGGAAAAGACCUACUACACCUGCCGCCGGCGGCGCUGGGCGCGGGUGCGCUGCCGGAACCACGGGAAGCUGAACCUGGAGCAGGAGACGCUGUCCUUCCUGCAGCUGGAGGAGGAGGGCUGGGAAUACGGAACCAUGGGCUCCAAGUUCCACCUGAACCCUCAGCCCCAGAGCCGGUUCCGCCGCCGCUGCUGGCACCGCAGGCUGGCCCCCAACAAGGACAAGGGCAUCGCACCCAUAUUCCUCCUGGAGGGGUCCUUGCCUGCCCCGGAGGACACCCCGCCGCCGCCCCACCUGCCUUUCAUCUACUGCAUCUUCAACAAGCCCCACUACUACCAGCUUUUCUGCUACAUCUACCAGGCCCGGAACCUGAUGGGCAACCAGAUCCAGACAUUCCAGGAGCCCUUCGUCCGGUUGGUCUUCUUGAACCACAGCCAGUGCACCCAAACCCUGAGGAGCUCUGCAGCGCCCACGUGGGCCCAGACGCUCAUCUUCCAGCACCUCCUCCUGUACGAGAGCCCUCACGACACCAGGGAGAGCCCGCCGCCCGUGGUGCUGGAGCUGUGGCAGCGGGACUCGCGGGGCAAGGAGAGCUUCCGGGGACGGAGCAUGUGGCCCCCAGUGGUCUGGCUGGAUGUCCAACAUCGGGUCUUGCCCCCCAUGAGGUGGCAUCCCUUUGCAAAAGAGUUGGGGGAGGAAGAGGGCGAGAUCUUGGCUUCCUGUGAGCUGAUCCUUGAGACGGAGAGUCUCAGAAGGAAGCUGCCAAUCUUAAGUGUUCCCUGGAAGAACGGGGUCUUCACACUCCCCAAGAGCAUGCAGCCCACGCUGAGGAAAAUGGCGGUGGAGGUCCUGGUCUGGGGGCUCCGGAACAUGAAGCAGGUGCGUUCCCCCCAGCUGCUGGUGGAGUGCUGGGAAGAGGCCCGGCAGACGGAGCCCAUCAGGGACUUCCAGACCAACCCCAACUUUGCCCAGUCGGUCCUCUUCCUCACACUGUUCAUGCCCACGGAGGAGGCCUACGCGCUGCCCCUCGUAUUGAAGGUGGUGGACAAUAAGGACUUCGGCCAGCAGACCCUGGUGGGUCAGGCCAACAUUGACUCCCUGCAGCCCUACUUCUGUGACCCCUGGGCCUCGGACUACGUGCCCCCACGGCUUCCAAAGUUGUCAGUGAACAAGCACCAGCUCCUAGAUGACCUCAUUGAAAAGUUCUGCUUCAAGUCCAGCAAAGCCGAGGAUGAAGACGAGUAUGAGGUGGACUGGUGGAGCAAGCUGUUCUGGGCCACAGGGGACGGCAAGUCCCUGAAGUACAAGGACAAAGACUACCACACCCUGGAGGUGUAUGACUGUGAGCUGGAGGCUGUGCCAGCCUUCCAAGGCCUGCAGGACUUCUGCCAGACCUUCAAACUCUACCAGGAACAGCCCAAGUCAGACAGCCCUGUGGUCGGAGAGUUCAAGGGCCUUUUCCGUGUCUACCCCUUUCCUGAGGACCCAGGAGCCCCCCAGCCCCCCCGCCAGUUCUUGGUUUGGCCUCAUAAAGAGGACUUCCCUCAGCAAUGCCUGGUGCGGGUGUACGUGGUACGAGCACUCAACCUGCAGCCCCAAGACUACAAUGGCCUGUGUGACCCUUAUGUGAUCCUGAAACUGGGAAAGACAAAACUUGGCAACCGAGACAUGUACCAGCCUAACACCCUGAAUCCCAUCUUUGGCACGAUGUUCGAACUGAGCUGCACCAUCCCCCUGGAGAAGGACCUAGAGAUUGAGCUGUAUGACUUUGAUCUGUUUUCACCUGAUGAUAAGAUUGGCACCACAGUCAUCGACCUCGAAAACCGACUCCUGUCUGGCUUUGGAGCUCGCUGUGGGCUCUCCCAAUCAUACUGCCAGUCAGGACCCUUUAGGUGGCGGGACCAGGUGCCCCCAAGCUUCCUGCUGGAACACCACGCCAAGCGCAAAGGAUUGCUUCCACCUCUGUUCAACCCUGAUGGUGACUCUGUUUUUUACAAUGGGAAAAAAUUCAAGCUGCAGCGCUUUGAGCCCCAGCCCCCUACUGCUCGUUACUUGGGCCCCAAAAAGGAGCGCCUUGCACUGUACCUCCUGCACGCCCAGGGGCUGGUACCUGAGCACCUAGAGACCCGCAUGCUGUACAGCAGCAGCCAGCCAGGCAUUGACCAGGGAAAGAUACAAAUGUGGGUGGACAUCUUCCCCAAGAAACUGGGGCCUCCUGGCCCCCCAGUCAACAUCAGGCCCAGGCAGCCUACAAGGUACGAGCUGCGCUGCAUUAUCUGGAAAACUGCUCACGUGGACCUGAAGAGUGUCAAUUUGAGUAACGAGAAGAUGAGUGACAUCUACGUCAAAGGGUGGCUAUUCGGGCUAGAGAAGGACAUGCAGAAGACAGACAUCCACUACCAAUCCCUGACUGGCGAGGGCAUCUUCAACUGGCGGUUCAUCUUCACCUUGGACUACCUGGUGGCUGAGCAAAUGUGCGUCCUGAGUGUGAAGGACUACAUAUGGAGCCUAGACCCCAUGGUGAUGAAGUUUCCGGCCCGGCUCAUCAUCCAGAUCUGGGACAAUGACAUCUUCACCAGUGAUGACUUCCUAGGGGUCCUCGAGCUGGAUCUGUCUGACAUGCCCUUCCCGGCCCAGCACCCAAGCCUGUGCUCCAUCAGGAUGAUGGAUGCUGACCCCAAGUGGCCCCACCUCCUCCAGCACAAGCGCUUCUCCCUCUUUAAGAAGAGGACUGCAACCGGCUGGUGGCCUUGCCAGGUCCUCGAGGACGGCAAGUGGCGCUUGUCGGGUAAAGUGAAGAUGACACUGGAGAUUCUGUCCGAGGAGGAAGCCUUAAUCAGGGCAGCAGGACGUGGCCAGUCAGAGCCCAACCAAUACCCUACACUCCACCCUCCCCCGCGCACCAACACCUUGCUCUCAUGGUUUCAGUCACCUAUUAGAAACUUCUGCUAUGUUUUCUGGAAACGCUACCGCUUUAAAAUCAUAAUCAUGUCAAUCAUAUUGAUUAUCGGGCUUAUGCUGUUCAGCUUCAUGUACUCAGCUCCGGGCUAUUUGGCCAUGAGCUGGAUCAAACCUGAGCUUCGGCUGACUGCACCUAAGAAUAUGUUCACCAAUAUCUUCAAUUCAAUGAACACCAGGAAGGCCAGCUCUUCCAACCUCACUACCCCACGCCCUACCCUAGAGUCUACAACAGGCCGUCAGCUGAAACUCCUGCAGGAACACAUGAAUCACCUGCGACAUAUUUUUCCAGAGCUCCCAGCCCCACAAGGCUAA